GAAGAAACUUCAGAAAAGGACCAAUAGUUCCACAGUGUUUUCUUCAACUACGUAAGAGUAUAACCAAAAAUAGGUGCUUUUUGGUUCAUAGUAGUUGGGGGAUCCUGAGGUGGUGUGUUAACGAAAGCUCUCUAGUCUCGCCACUGGUUGAAUUGGUAGAUUGAAGAAGUAGAUGAAGAGUUGUUUUCGACGGAACAGUCUUCAGUAUCCGCAGAUGCGAGCUUGCUGGUUAUAACGACCGGUGUUCCGCCUGUACGCGGGUACUACCACGUAUUUCACGUAUCGAUCUAAUAAACUUGUUUUAAGUUCGAAUCGAGGUUCAAGAUAUCGGAAUUAUGUGAAGUGGACACAACAGACACCAAACUAUGUUGAGAAAACGGAUCAAGGGAUCGUCCGAAGGAAAAUGAGCAACGCAUCUGUACUACGAAAAGGAUCCAAUGUCACUAAAUCUGGGUGGUAUGAGGAAAGUGUACUUUUCAUGUUGGACGUGAGUGAAAAUGGUCUGUUUUCUGGCGUGUUUGUACCACCUCCCCCAAGACCCAUAUUCUUCAAUGCUUCGGCGAUACCUGAUGACCUCACCACAUGUGAUCUUUGCUCGUGGGCAUGGAAAAAAAGCAAGAUUUUGACAACGGAAUCCUCAUUCGAUAUUCCGAACCAAGUCGAGUGGCUAUUCAGUCUGGUAAUAGUGUCGAUAAUUUCUGCAAGUCUGGGCGCCAUAGCGAUGAUAAUAUUCUUUCAGUGUAAACGAUCAAAGAAUAUGGUUCAAAAUGUUUCAGAUGUGAGCCGUAGAUCCAUUUCAAGACAAUCAACAAGAAAUAUGACUGUGAGGCCUCCGAUAGCAGAGCCAACUGAUAAAAAUGAAAUAGAAACUAUUGUUUUCCCAAUCAGCACAUCAGAUAGCAGCGUUUGGUGUUGGCUUUCUAAAAAAUCAUCUAGUCCAACGCAACUCAAUUUCACAAGCACCCCUGUGGAGAACCAUUACACUCAGAUGGAAGAAGCGUACAAUAAUGAAGAUGCACUAUACGCUGAACUCGAUAUGGAUGGAUCAGCGCAAACGAAAAAUGGAAGUACUGAGCCCUAUCAAAAUCACGCCUUUAUUGACCCAGACAUUCAAGUAUCUAGUGCUCCAAGUAGUGCAUAUUAUUCUGAUUUAUCGGUAACUCCUAUAUCAGAGCAGGCUUACGAGGUGGUGAAUCUAGCAACUAUGAACGUGAAUUGGGACAAUAUCGGUAGCAGUAGUAAGCAAUAUGUUCCAGCUAGGUUGGCAGCGAUUAGUGAAAACGCCACAGUUCCUUCAGAUUAUGUUUGAGACUGAACAGUUGUGUAUAAAUUUCAAUAGUGCCCGAUUAAUAUGAAUAUCCAAACGAAUUAUACAAUUAAAU